AUGCACUCUCCCAAGACAAAAAAAAAUAUCUCUAGCAAUAGACACAAAAACUGAGCAUGUGCAGAAUGACUCCAAACGAUAUGUCUUAUCAAGAGAUAAGAGGGGGACACUGGAAGAAAGGGAGGAUCAGAGAAGUCAGGAUCAAACAGCCUUUUUACAAAAUGCAGAGGAUUAACCCAUUAAGUGAAUAUAACAAGCAUUAUUUUACUGUUGUGGGUUUAGUAACACUUUAAGGGGCGGACUGACAACUCAUGGGGAUCAUGGGGCCCCUGUGUCCUUGCCCAAACUCAAAAAAGCCUAU